AUGAGAAAGAUAUCAGAGGAGAACCUACCAUCAGCUCUUGAAAAUGUUACCACUCCUGAAGACGUUACGAUAAAGGAUGCCAUUGAAAAGACGGCCGACUAUGUCAGCCGCAACGGCCCUGAAUUUGAACAAAAGCUGGAUCUAGAGCAGUUUCCAUUCAUUGAGAAGACCGAUCCUUUUCAUACCUAUUAUCGUCAACUAGUCUACCAAAAAAGCUCAAAUUCAGUCUCGAAAAGCUCUCCAGAUUCUGAAGACAAAAUAAUACCACUUGUCGAGGCUCCCUAUCAAUUUGUUUUCUCUACCGCUGGGCGUAAUGUAUCGAAAAGGGACUUGGAAAUUGUUAAAAGAACCGCUUUAUACUGCGUAAUGAAUGAAGACGUAGAUUAUUUGAAAACCCUACGCAUAAAGUGUGCCGACAUUCCGUCUCUUGGGUUUCUGAAACUCGAACAUCCACUAAAUCCAAUUUUUACCAGUUACGUAAACCAGUACAAACAAGUGGAGCUGAAGGAUUACGGCGUACGUGCCUCAAUGCACAAGGAGGGACGAAUAGGCUUGUUAGUGCGCUGCUUCGAACGAGCUAAACAUGCCGAAUAUACCGAGAAGGUUCAGGUGCAGGAGGUGGGGGCCAGGGAGCACUUCAAAAUCAAGUUUUCUGCUUACGCUUGGGACCAAUUCGACAUAAUAGGAAAGGUUGAUUUUGAAGAAGUUCAAAGUUUUGCAGAACCAUUGGAUUUCGACAUGUUAAGCCGAAAAACAUUAUACAAGAAAACGCUGCAAGAUACUUUUGGAAGGUCAUUGCUUAUAUCAUCUCUAGAAAAUCCAGAUACCAGUGUAGAAAAGGAGGGUGUGAAACCAAAGAAAAGGAGCAAAAUGAAAAUCCGUGCCGCGGGUGAGACUAGAUUGAAACACAAACCACGACUAACCUCCGAAGCCCUCGUUGAGUGCCCCAUAACUCACAAAAUGAUUCCGGAAUCUAAUUUCGACAAGCAUAUUCAAGUGCUUAUAAGUGAUCCCAACUAUUCUAAAGAGCGCCAGGAGUACGAAGCCAAAAAUAACAUCACUAAUUUGACCUUAGAAAGCGUUCAUCAAAAUAUAAAACGUCUUUCAAAGCUUGAUGGCACGCGGCAGACUAAAAAACAAAGGAUUUGA